AAUGUUACAAAUCUGAUGACACUGGCCAGUAAACGACUACGAGCUGUAUCUUACAUGUAUCUAAGGGCUUUGGCUGUUGCUGAUUUACUAUGUAUGAUUUUUGUUCUGGUGUUUGUUAGCGGAGAAAUUGUGCAACGUGCGGGGAUUCCCCUCAAUCACUCACCUAUUUAUGGCUUCUAUCAGGCUCACCUAAUGCUUUCGCUGAUCAACUGGGCACUAGCAACAGUUUCCGCAUGUUUCAGAAUUGCCGUUUUGGUCAAACAGGUCAAACAGGCAUGUAAGGCAGGCAUGAAAAGGGAGGAGCAGCCACAUCUGAAGUUGCCUCAUUUCAUCCACAAACCAGAUCAGCCACCGGAUUAA